AUGAAUCGGUUGCAAACAAUCACCGGUCAUUUAGCUGUUCCGCCGCAGCGCCCGACGUCAGUGAAUGUUGUUCCGAGAGAGACAGCUGCAGCAAGCGGAGCUGGAGUCGGGACUUCGUGGGUGCCAGCCCGGGCACCCAGGCACGACGACGUGGUGGUGGUUUGUGCUAAACGGACACCUAUCGGUAAAGCCAAACGGGGCUCGUUCAAGGACACCAAAGCUGAUGAACUAUUGACAGCAGCCUUCCAGGGUGUUUUGCAGGAAACCAAGAUUGCCCCAGCUGAUAUUGGAGACAUCGUUGUUGGCAAUGUUCUGGCUCCAGGGGGUGGGGCGUUCUUGGCAAGAGUUGCUCAGCUCCUCAGUGGAAUUCCUGUAUCCGUGCCGGUCAACACAGUCAACCGUCAGUGUUCUUCAGGUCUGCAGGCAUUCAUGAACAUAGCAGGAGGAAUCAAGAAUGGAGUGUAUGACAUGGGCAUUGCUGCUGGAGUUGAGUCCAUGUCUAGAAUGCAGCAAGGCCAGGAGGCUAAUGACCUGAACCCCAAGGUGUUUGAUAAUGCAGACGCCAGCGAAUGUCUUACUCCUAUGGGAAUAACUUCAGAGAAUGUGGCUGAGCAGUUUGGCAUCACUAGAGAACAGCAAGACCAGAUGGGAUAUGAGUCACAAAUGAAGGCAGCAAGGGCCAAAGCCCAGGGCUUGUUCAAGGAUGAGAUAGUGCCAGUAACUACACGGAUUGAAGACAAAGAUGGCAAAGAACGACAGAUAACGGUGACUGAAGAUGAUGGUAUCCGACCACAGACCACGUUGGAAGGACUGGCAAAACUAAGACCUGCUUUCAAGCCAGGUGGCACAACAACUGCAGGCAAUGCCAGUCAGGUUAGUGAUGGUGCUGCUGCUGUCUUAGUUGCUAAACGCUCCACAGCUGAGGCGGCUGGCUUGCCAGUGCUAGGAUGGCUAGUCUCAUUUGCUGUGGUGGGUGUACCCCCUUCUGUCAUGGGUAUUGGACCAGCGUAUGCCAUCCCUGAAGCAUUGAAGAAAGCUGGGCUGUCUGUGCAGGAUAUUGAUGUCUUUGAAAUCAAUGAAGCCUUUGCAAGCCAGGCCACUUACUGUGUGAAGAAGUUGGGCAUACCCAUGGAGAAGGUCAAUCCCCUGGGUGGGGCCAUAGCCCUUGGGCAUCCUCUAGGAUGCACAGGGGCGCGUCAGAUUGCCACACUACUUCAUGAACUCAAACGCAGGGGCAGACGAGCCUAUGGUGUUGUGUCUAUGUGCAUUGGCACUGGUAUGGGGGCUGCUGCUGUGUUUUACCACCCAGGACCACAGUAACACAUUGGUAAUGAGAGGAAUCGGAAAACAACUCCAGAUAGCCACAUUGUGAACUACAAAUUGCGAUUAAUAAGUGUAGGGUCAGGUAUAGCAUAGUCAUCUGUCACAAAUUACAUAGAGCCAGAACGAAUCCUUGUUACUUCAGAUUUGACAUUAAUAACAU